AUGUGCAGCAGUAAUGCACAGACACUAGACACCUACCGUGACCUCCUCGUGCCGGCCAAUAACACCGUCACGCAAGACACCGGCACGCUCUUCCAGUUCUUCAACCCGGGGAGCCUCGCCGGCGACGCCACCCUGGUGGGCGCCGGCGUCCGCGAACUGCUGGCGCAGACCGCCCAGGAGGCCGCCAACAGCAGCAAGCAGCCGGCGCGGUUCGCCACCGCCGUCAUGGACGCCUCCAGCAGCGUCCCCCAGGCACUCUACUCCUUGGCGCAGUGCAUGCCGGACCUCUCCGCCGGCGACUGCCUCGCGUGCCUCCGGUGGAUCAUCGGCAAGAUCAACGACACCGCGUCCGUGCGCAACGGGGAGCGGAUCCUCGUGCUCCGGUGCAACGUCAGGUUCGAGACGUUCUUGUUCUACGACGGCGCACCCAUGAAGCGGAUCACGUCGUCGUCCGGCCCUCCGGCGCCGCCCGUCCCGGCUCCGGCGACAAAUACGAAUGUCAGCAUGACGACCAACGUAUGGAUCGCGCAUUCGCGCUACCAGAGAGCGUGA